GUCAGUUCUUGUUCGUUUUCGCAACCUGUACGUUGCUUAUCAUUCCUAUUACCGUUUCAUUUUCCAUUUCCCUCCCGAUAUUAUUUAAGUAUUGAAUUUUUUUCUGUUUAUAUAUAUGUAUAGUGUACUGAGUGUUUGAGUUUCGGCGACGAUUCCUAAUUGAUAGUGAUUCUUUCAUAUAAACCUUAUAAUAUACACCCCAUGACAUAAAAUCAUUUAUAUACAUAUAUAUAUAGAAAAAAAUAGAUAUUAAUCAUGGCUUGGGGUUAUUGGAGCGCGACUACUGUAUCAGAUCGAGGUCGCAGUCCUCGUCGUAAUCAAAACGCUGCAUCUAAUCACGCACAAAGCAUGCCCAUCACCAUAGAAGACAGACCUUCAAUGUCCCAAACUUACGUCAGUGUGAAUUCUAACAAUAACGCAACUAAUACUCAAAAUGUUACCACCGUUGAACUUGAAGAGGUGCAUCAUCCUUUAUCGAGAAGACCUUCUUUGGAUUUGGGACCCCAAGGAUCGUUGGCGGGGAUUAUUUGCGCCGCUCACGGAAGCGGACCCGGCGGAACUCUAUCGGCAGGAAACACUCUAACUAGGGUGGGGAGUCGUCAUACGGCUGUUGAGUAUGCGGUUCCGCAUCAUUUUUAUCAUCACCACGCUUGCGUGGAAUACCAUCAAGCGCAACAACUCAGUUUUUCUGACGACGAUUCUAGUUCUGAACCCGGAUACGCUACAGUUUUCCCUAAUGUGCCGUCGCAGCCCGGAAUGCCCUGCCAGGGCGAAGACAGGAGUAUUUAUAGGAGGGGGGCGCGCCGAUGGAGGAAAUUGUACAGGGUUAACGGUCACAUAUUUCAAGCUAAAAGAUUCAACAGGAGAGCCUUUUGCGCUUAUUGCAACGACAGGAUUUGGGGAUUGGGUCGACAAGGUUUCAAAUGUAUCCAAUGCAAAUUAUUGGUACACAAAAAAUGUCACAAAGCCGUAAAUAAACCGUGUACCAGUGAACACCAGGAAUCGAUCAUAAGGGAAAUUCAUAACGGAGAAGCGCAAGCGAACGUUACUCCCGUUACCGAUAUUAUAAAAUCGGAAAUUCGCGAUAGGGAUUAUCCGGAACCGCCGCCGGAUGUUACCGGGGAAUCCGUACCCGUGGAAGAUCCCAAUAAACCUGUCGACGAUUUGGAACCUGGUUCCCAACGGCAAUACUCCCUCAACGAUUUCGAACUGAUCCGAGUUAUCGGUCGCGGGUCUUACGCUAAAGUACUGAUGGUGGAAUUGAAAAAAACGAAACGUAUCUACGCUAUGAAGGUGAUUAAGAAAGCUCUGGUUACCGAUGACGAGGAUAUCGAUUGGGUGCAAACCGAAAAACACGUUUUCGAAACUGCUUCGAAUCAUCCGUUUUUGGUUGGGCUGCAUUCUUGUUUCCAGACGCCUUCGAGGCUAUUUUUCGUUAUAGAGUUCGUCAGAGGUGGGGAUUUGAUGUUUCAUAUGCAGAGGCAGAGGAGAUUACCCGAGGAACAUGCGAGGUUUUACGCCGCCGAGAUAUCGUUAGCUCUCAAUUUCCUCCAUUGCAAGGGUAUCAUCUACAGAGAUUUGAAAUUGGAUAACGUAUUAUUAGAUCACGAAGGUCACAUCAAAUUGACAGAUUACGGUAUGUGUAAAGAGGGUAUCAGACCUGGUGAUACGACGUCGACGUUUUGCGGUACGCCCAAUUAUAUAGCUCCCGAAAUAUUGAGAGGUGAAGAUUAUGGAUUUUCCGUGGAUUGGUGGGCAUUGGGAGUUUUGUUAUACGAAAUGUUGGCCGGUCGUUCUCCAUUCGAUAUAGCCGGCGCAUCGGAAAAUCCCGAUCAAAACACCGAAGAUUAUCUUUUCCAAGUCAUAUUGGAAAAAACGAUCCGUAUCCCGAGAUCUUUAAGCGUAAAAGCCGCCAACGUACUCAAAGGAUUUUUGAAUAAGAACCCAGCGGAUCGAUUGGGAUGCCACAAUCCCGAAGCUUUCGUCGAAAUUACCGGCCAUCAGUUUUUCAAAAGCAUCGAUUGGGAUAUGCUCGAACAGAAACAGGUGCCGCCUCCGUACAAACCCCGAUUAGAUUCCGAAAGAGAUUUAGCGAAUUUCCCUCCGGAAUUCACCGACGAACCGGUCCAUCUAACGCCGGACGAUCCACGCGUCAUAGAAAAGAUCGACCAAUCCGAGUUCGAGGGAUUCGAAUACGUCAAUCCGUUAUUAAUGUCGUUGGAAGAUUGCGUGUGACAUAACGUCUUGUGCGCUUUACAUCCUUUCAACCUGCCGCCGCCUCCACCGCCGUCGAUAACUCACCGUUAUCCGCCUCCGUUAUUACCGCCGCCGCCGCCGCCCAAUAUCGGCGAUUCCAUUGUUUCGAGCGGCGUCGGUAACGGUAAAUACUACGACGACGUUAGGCCGCAACAGGCCAAAUCUUUACUUCAAAAUAUCUUUUGCCUUCCUCUCAACUAGUGCUUUAGCGUGUGUCUAUUCGAAAAACGAAAAAAUAAAAAAAUUGUUUAUUCGUAUUUUUGAUAAUGUUUAUUUGAAUUUUCGUUUGUUUCGAUUGAAGAAAUGUGUCCGUUGUUUAAAAAAAAUUGUUUUCGGUUAAAAAUUGCGUAGACUCUGAAUGCUCGAUUUUUAAUUCGAUUCCUUUCAUUCGAUUUGCCCCAGUAGAAAUUUAUACGUUUGUCGCAUAUAAAUCACUUUAAAUUACGUCCAAUUACGUUCAAUCACUUCAAAUAACUCUCAGUCGAUUCUAAACUUUCUUAAUCACUUCUAAAUUACGUUUAAUUCCAUUAAAAUCACUUUAGAACGCUUCUAAUUGUAUUUAAUCACUUUUAAACCGUUGAUCAUUGAUUAAUAAUUGUUACAAAUCACUUUAAAUCACUUCUAAAUCGUUUUUAGACGCUUACAAUAACUUUCAGUUGCUUUUCAUUCCGUUCCAUCGCUUUUAAUUUAUUCCAAUUAUAUCACUUCUGAUCACUUAUUAAUAGUAUUUAUUUCCUUCCCUUACAAUCUUUUUCACUCGCUCUUCAUUCCAUUCAAUCGCUUCUGUUUACUGUCAGCCACUUCUAAUCACCUUUAGCCAGUUCAGAUCACUUCUAAAUCACUAUUAAUUCCAUCAUAAUCACUUUAAAUCGUUUCUAAUUGUUUUUAAUCACUUCUAAACCAUUGAUAAAUGAGUUAAAAUUGUUACAUAUCACUUUCAACCACUUCAAAUCGCUUUUCAUUACAUUCUAUCGAUUUUAAUUCAUUCCAAUGGAUUAUAUUCUUCCUUUGUCAAUCCAGAUCACUUCUAAAUCGCUUUCGUUUAUUUCUCAUUCCAUUCAAUCGCUUUUAUUUAUUUCUCAUUCCAUUCAAUCGCUUUUAUUUAUUUCUCAUUCCAUUCAAUCGCUUUUAUUUACUCUCGUUUGCUUCUAAUUUCUUUUAGUAAUGUUAAAUCACUUCGAAAUGGCUUUUGAUUCUAUUAUAAUCACUUUCGAUCGCUUCUAGUUGUUUUCAAUUACUUUAAACCAUUGAUAAGCGAGUUAUAAUUGUUGCAAAUCGCUUUAAACCAAUUCAAAUAACGUCUAAAUCGUUUUAUUCCUUUACAAACGGUUUUAGUAGUUUUUUAUUACAUUAAAUUGCAUUUAUUUAGUUACUUCAGAUCACUUGUAAACAGCUUUCAGCUACUUUUUAUUCCAUUUAAUCACUUUUAAUUACUGUCACUUGUUCCUAUUUUCUCUUAGUCACUUCGGAUCGCUUCCAAUCGGUUGUUAUUCCGUUAAAAUCGCUUGCAAAUUUUCUAUUCAUUUCUAAAUCCUUUUUUAUUAACUUUCAAUCACUUUUCAUACCUUCAGAUAAUUUCUAAUCACUGUUUAUAAACUUAAAAUCACUUUCUAUUGCUUCUAAUUAGUUUUAAUCACUUCGAAACAGUUGUGGAAUGAGUUAUAAUUGUUACAAAUCACUCAAAUUACUUUUAAAUCGCGUUUUAUUUGGUUAUUAUUACUUUUAGUCGCUUCUAAUUACUUAAAAACGCUUCUGAUUACUUUUAAUCACUUGCAACGUUGUUUUUUCUGUUAUAAUCCUUUCUAAUCAUUUCAAUUUCCUUCACAUACUUCUAAAUCGCUUUUUUUUUUCUUAUUAUCACUUCUGAUCACUUUUAAUCGAUUCUUUAAUGUAUUUGUCGAUAGAAAUUGUUUGAACAAUCGAAACACGACACAUGUUCGUUCAGUUUUGUGUGAAAUGGUAUAGCAAAGAUUUAUUAAAUUGAUUAUCAAAUUUUUUCAACUUUGGAUUAAAACGGAACAUUUACAAAAAAUUACGAAACUUCUUAAAUAUGGUUUCUCCAGCAAUAUUUUAUAUUUUAGAUAAAGAUUCAAAUAAGUAUCGAUUAUACAAUUUCUAAUUACUAUCAAUCAAGUACAGUCGAUUCAAGUAACUUUUGAUCACUUGUAAUCAUUUUUAAUCGCUUUUGAUUGAUUAUUUUUCAUAUUAUGACUUAUCAACAGAUCUUAAACCCUUAAAUGAUCACUAUAAAUCAAACCAAAUCACUUACAAUAGAUUGAAGUGUUUAAUAUUUACUUGUGAUUGCUUUCCAUCACUUAUAAUUGAUUUAUUUUUUUAAAUGAUCACUUAAAAUAGAUCCAAAUCAGUUUUAAUUGAUUAAAGUGCUCUAUAAUUACUGCAGAUUGCUUUCUAUCAUUUACAAUUGAUGUAUUUCCAAAAAAAUCGUGCCGUGACCGUGAUAAAUCGAUCACUCAUAAUCGAUUAAUUUUUAUAAAUGAUCUCUUAAAAUCGCUCCAAAUCACUUAUAAUGGAUUAAAGUGUUCUACAUUUACUUGCAAUCGAUCAAAAUCGAUCCAAAUCACUUAUAAUUUAUUGAAGUGUUCUAUAGUUAUUUGUGAUUGCUUUCGAUCGCUUAUAAUAGAUUUAUAUCCAUAAAUGAUCACUUAAAAUCGAUCAUAAUCACUUAUAAUCGAUUAAGCGUUCUAUAAUUACUUGCAAUUGCUUUCGAUUGCUUAUAAUUGAUUUAUUUUCAUAAAAGAUCAUUAUCAAUCGUUCCGAAUCACUUGUAAUCUAUAGAAGUGUUCUAUAAUUACUUGCGAUUGCUUUUGAUCGCUUAUAAUUGAUUUAUAUUCAUAAAUGAUCACUUAAAAUCGAUCCAAAUCACUUAUAAUCGAUUAAAGUGUUUUAUAAUUAUUUAAGAUUGCUUUCUAUCGCUUAUAAUAGAUUUAUUUCCAUAAAAGAUCACUAUCAAUCGUCCCGAAUCACUUAUUAUCGAUUUAAUUUUCUGUAAUCACUUAAGAUCGAUUCUAAUCACUUUCCAUCCCUCAUAAUCGAUUUUCUCCCGUAGAAAAUGGAGUUUGAAUCACUCGUCUUCAAUUACAAUUCAAAUACAA